AUAUCUAGUGUCUGUUGUCUAAAGAUUAAGAAGAGCCUUGCACCCGUUGCACGGAAGGCCUGUUACUCACCACUACGACCCGAACCGAUUGUGACUGGGUCUUCGAGCUCACCAUCGCCGCUUCGAGUGAACGUCACCUGAACAAGUGGAAAGAGUUAGAGCUAUCGGGCCUAGCACCACAUUGUCGACCGGUCCCACGUGACCUCGCGUUUGCUCCUUCCUGCUCGACCUUCUUAAGGUCAUCGUCACUGAGCAAACCACUCUUACCCCGCCCGCACCACACUCUCUUUUCGCCCUCCGCCAGCUGGAACCAUUCGUUCCAAUUCCAGCUGUAAUAAACGCAGUCCUUCAGGGUCUCUGAUCCACUAUUCGUUCUACCCGGCCACUCAUUCGCGCCAUUGUUUGUCAAUCUACAUCAUGCAGACUUUCGCUCUUCUCGCCCUGACGGGCUUCACGUCGCUCGUUCAGUCAACACCAGUGGCUCCGGCCCAACCACGCUCGCUUCCUCAAGCCCAACCAUACCUCCAGACUCGACAGGCUAACAACUCGUCAAUGCCAGCAUGUGCUCAAGUCUCAGAAGCAAUGUACGGAGAUGGUACUGCAACUGCUAAACAAGUUGUCCCUGCUGGAAUCGCUUGGGACUGCAUCAACAGCGUAAAACUCAACGCCACCUCUGCCAAGCUCCUCAUUGAGUCCAUCAAGCCUUACAUUGAGUGGCAGAGCACCCUAACCGUCCUGAAGAAUCCACCUGCGGAGUAUGCAGAGAAAGUGCAGCCUGCGGUUGACAUCAUGGGCGGUCUUGACCAAAUCAUCAGCGAUGUCGACUCCGGAAAUUUCGCCAACGAGUACGCCUUCGGGUGGGCACUCUACACCUUGAUUCAGAGUGCUCACGAUGGUCACUUCUCCUUUGUCCCUGACUCCAUUGGCGGUAUCUUUCAGUGGGGUCGUAACGUGCCUCUUGUCUCGGUUUCCGAGGAUGGCGAGCAGCUCCCUGCUGUCUUCGCCUUUGAGGACGUCCUUGGGCUGCAGUACAAGAACAUCUCGUACACCCCCUCAGCAGUCGCCAAAAUCGAUGGAGCCGAAGCAACCGAAUAUCUGCAGACUCUGAGCCAGCUUGGAUCUCUUCAGGACCGCGAUGCCCUCUAUAACAACGUCUUCUAUGAACUCGCGCAGGUUGGCCUUGGCGACUCUGGAAGUGGCACCGGCAUGUUCACGGGUGGCGGUCGCGGUCGCUAUGUCUACCCAGGAGCGACCACGACCUUCACCUUUGCCAACGGUACUGAGCGCACGAUCGAGAACUAUGCUCGUGUACGAUACAGCUUCAGAAACGUCAACAGCAGCGAGACUCUUGCCAAGGAAUGGUUUACGUACGGUAGUGCGGCUUCUGCACAGACAGCAUCGCAAGAGUCCAAGACCAUCUUGGCAGCAGCAGCCUCUGGAGCUACAGGACCUGGCUACCCGGAUCCCGUGUCCAUUGGCCCUUUCAACCUGAUCAACGGGUUCUACAUCGAUGGAGACGAGUACAAAGAUGUCGCUGUUCUAUCGAUCCCGAACUUUGUCGGUACUUCAGCCGCCCAGAAAGCCUUCCAGGCCACUUCAAAAGAAUUCCUCGCGAAGGCGCUCGCAGAUGGGAAGACCAAGCUCAUCCUUGAUCUCCAGGCCAAUGGAGGUGGUACUAUCCUGCAGGGCUACGACUUGUUCAAGCAGCUCUUCCCCGACUACGAUCCUUACGGCGCCAAUCGGUACCGUGCUACUGAGGCAGCUGACCUCAUCGGCCAAACGUACAGCCAGCGCGCGUCCUUGGCCCCUCGUGGUUCCAACAGCUCUUUGUCAUUGGCACAGGCAUCCUACUUCGACUACCACCAGGAUAUGACUGCGGAUGGUAGGUCAUUCACCUCGUGGGCAGAGAAGUUUGGUCCCCACGACGUCAACGGCGACAACUACACCAUGCUCUCACGCUGGAAUCUCUCCGACUACUACACCAAUGUCAGCUCCGGCGGAAUCUACGUCACCGGCUACGGACCUCUUUCCAACAUUACGGGACCACCAAAGUUCCAGCCUGAGAACAUCGUCAUCGUCACGGACGGAUACUGCGCUUCAACCUGUACCAUCUUCAGCGAGUUCCUCACCAAGCAGGCUGGUGUCAAGACCAUCGCUAUGGGAGGCCGCAGUAACAAGAACGCCAUUCAGGCCAUUGGCGGCGUCAAGGGCGUGAACAACUAUCAAUUCGGAUAUAUCCAGCAGGCUGCGCAGUACUCUAUGCGAUGGAACCCUGCAAUGAAGGAUACAAUCCUCGCUGGCUUCAACAACGAUAUGCCCUACUACCGAGCAGCUGCUGGUGUGUCUCCAGGUGUUAAUGUUCGCGACGGCCUGUCACAGAAUGACACCUCCGGCAUUGCUCUGCAGUUUGUAUAUGAAGAGGCCGACUGCCGCUUGUACUAUACUCCGGAGAUGACUGUUGAUAUAACAGCGCUCUGGAAAGCAGCUGCUGACGCUCGAUGGGGCCAGGGCGGCAAGUGCGUCGCUGGCGGGAACUACGGACAGAAGCGCAGCAGCUACGAAGCCACUACUGAGCUCAAGCCUCGGCGCGUCCACGUUUCCCAGGCCGUUGCUGUGAAGAAGGUAGAGGCUUUCGAGAAGAGCUUUGGCCUGGAGACCAACUGCCACAUGACAGGAGACGGCUUCAUGCACCCGUGAGUGCACCGAUGAGGUGCGAGUCUAUGUUGUUGCGACGCAGGACUGGUAUGUCUACAGGGGCGGCGUUUAUUCAUAGCAUAUCAGCUAAAUGCAGGCACAUGGUUUGAGGGAAGGCUUUCUCUCCGGUACAUAAUAAUGGAAGCAUGUAUCGAUGCGACGAAUAAAGAAUACUACACUGGAGUCAAUGCUCCGUCGCAA